AGAUUGCGGUCAAAAUGUGGGAUUGCAAAAUGUCAGACAUAACAUGUGACGGAAGGCAAAUUCAUGCACAGUAGGUGUCUCAGUGGCGAUGUCGCGAUGAGGUAUGACAGCACAUACCAGAUCUACCCAAGGCCUGAGAAGUCAAUGGAAACUCUGGACGCCUGGUUGACAUAAUACAGUACAUACUUUUGACACGCACACACACACAUACACACAAACACACACACAUGCACAAAACACCGUCUCAGCACAAGAGGGAUCAGUCCAAAAGUAAUGGCCGCAGGAUGGCUUCUCUCGAUUUUAGUAGUCAACAUGUCACUUUUAUUUGCUGCUGCAGGUCCUCUCGAACCCCCUUCCAAACCUGAGUGCCACAUUCCAUGUAACGUGAGCUGCGGGGAUGAUAUCCACUGUAGUUGGAAUCACAGAUUUGAUCCUCAGGUCCUCACAAACUACAGUCUACACUGGGAAACAUUGCACAACAUAGAGGGCCGUGUGGAUACCGGGACCAGUUUGAGCGGGUUGAUCGACCGUGAACGCUUUGUCAAGUCCAGUGAACUUCGUGUUUGGGCGCAGGCUGUGAGCAAACAUGGUUCUGCCAAAUCGCAAGUGGUUAUUUUCAACACCGGAGACAUCAUGAAGCCAUCGUCUCCUGUAAUUUCAUGGAGCCCUCAAGAUCCUUUGGAAAUAUCCUGGAGUUCCAUCUGUCAGGAUCCACACCUCUCUUUGGGACCAUGUGAUGUCCGAUUUCGGCCUGAAGUAGAAAAACUCUGGCACGAGGAAGAAGUUGGAAAGCAAGUCAUCUACGAAUUCAGUGGUCUGAUCCAGGCUGGAUUAGUCUAUGAAUUUCAGGUUCGCUGUUCCUGUAACACAGGCAUGAUGAGUGAUUGGAGUGCAACCCACAGAAUCAGUUAUGAGAAAGCCCCCACUGGACAGAUGAAUGUAUGGAGGGAUUGUGGCAUGCCUGCUACUAGUAUUGACUGUGCUAUGAUCUGGAAGAGGCUUCCGCUAUCUCAGGCUCGUGGCCACAUUCUGGGGUAUGAAGUUAAGCUGUUCUCCAAACACAGCACGAUGGCACUCGUGAAUAUUUCCGUGGCCGAGCCGAGGGGCCGGUUGGUGUGCGAUGAGCUGCAGUGCUAUUUCAACUCCUCUCUAAAGAGUGUAUCAUCAGCCAGUAUAUCGGCCUACAACGCCCAUGGUGCCACAGUGCCCUCUUACCUCACAAUUGCAGUGCCAGGUGAGGUGAGAAGUGAGCACCCAUUUGAUGUCAGGAUGAAUAUGGCGAACCUCACAGUCUCGUGGGAGCUGCCCUCUCAGCUCCCCGACGUCACAUCAGUCAAGGAAUAUGUGGUGCAAUACAAAGAAGCCGGAAGUCUUUUGGGAAAGGGAUUUGACUGGAUACGAGUCAAUAAAAGCUGUGCUACGGUUACGUUCACAGGACGUUUUGAAAAACACAAACCCUACCAAGUGUCGCUGUUUGCUGUUACAAGCAGUCAAGAAAGCUAUCAUAUUUCCUCUGUUAUUGAUUAUUCUGGUCACGGAAUUCCUGCCAAAGUGCGUUCGUUUAAAGUCACUUCUAUUGCUGCGACACAUGCAACGCUGUUUUGGGAACCUGUACUGCUGAGCAUGCAGAAUGGGCUGAUCUUGCAUUACGAAAUAGGUGUCCAUGGACAAACAGUGUACAACGUGAGCGCCCAACCUCAGGAUGAAAAUAAGACGUUUGAGUUGCCAAACCUCAGCCCAGGUCAGGAGUAUGAAGUGUGGAUCAAGGCUGUGACUAAAGCUGGGCCAGGAGCCAAUGUCACCACCAGUUUCAUCACAAAGCAACAAGAGCAUCAUGAGUUAAAAUCAAAAUCACACGUAUUUGUACUCCUGCUCCUACUCUGUCUCCCAGUCAUAUUAUGCUGUCUUUUGGUUUUAUUCAGUUUUCAUAAAGGAACAAGCAAAGCAUGUCUUUGUAUAAAAGAGAACGUACCAGAUCCAUACAACAGCACCAUCUUUGAAAUGAUGAAGUAUCAGGUGAAUGAGCCCUUGGCUUGGAUUUGUGUCCCCAUCCAUGAACCACAUCCCAUCAUGUCCAUGUUAGAGGUAGUGGAAAUCCAGUGUCCUACAUGGGAACGAAAAUGCCUCCCCCAAGACCAAACAACACCAGCGGUUGCCUCAGAAGGAUACACGAAGAGGACACAUAGAUAUGGCAAAGAUGAGUACAGCAAAAUGGUUGACUCUGAGGAGGCAAAGGAUGUGAGCGGGGUGGCCGGGCGGGAUGAUAGUUGGAGUUCAUCAGAAGAAGAACCAGACACAUCAGGAUAUGAACAGCACUUCAUGCCAACCGCAGUGGAAAUACUGGACGCUUGAUACAGUAUAUUUACAGUAUUAAACUGUGCUGUCAAUUAAAGAAUGAUAUGUUUUGACUACCUGUUGAAACAUUACAUUUUAGUUUGCUGAAAUUAUUGAAAAUGAAGAAGAUUGCAGUUGCCCGUUUCAUGAACAUUUAUGGAUACUAAGUGGCAAUAACCAUUGUCAAGGAAUACUUUUUUGUUGACUAACAUCAUCUUGUAUACACAUAUACAAAUAAACAGUAUUUUUUU